AGUAUCUUCCUAACAGUCUAAAUUUAACUGUCGCUUAGAAUACUUGACAAAGAAAAAUCAUUUUGCAAACAUUUAAUUAGUGACAACAAUUGUAUUUCAACAUUUACAAGUCUUCAUCAAUAUGUCUCCAAUCUUUACUCUUUCAUUACUUUUGGCCAUUGCUGCAGUUCAUUCCAGUAAGUACAAUUGUGGACCCAAUGCAAUUUUUAAAGAGUGUGGAUAUUCAAGUGAUUGUCACAGAACAUGUGACAAGUUAGAUAAUUCGAUGUGUAUCAAUGACAUGAUGUGUCAUGUUACCUGUGAAUGCAUAGAAGGAUAUGUAAGGGACCUUGAGUCCAACAGAUGUGUUUUACCUCAUCAAUGCCCAUAUGUACCCCAACAGCCAAUCCAUCAAUAUCAAUGUGGACCCAAUGCAAUUUUUAAUAAGUGUGGACAUUCAAGUGCUUGUCACAAAACAUGUCUCAAUAUGAAUAAUAAUCGGAUAUGUGUGAGUGACAAGAUGUGUCAUCCUGGCUGUGAAUGCAUAGCAGGAUAUGUAAGGGACCUUGAGUCCGACAGAUGUGUUUUACCUCAUCAAUGCCCAAGAACAGUACCCCAACAGCCAAAUUGUGGACCCAAUGCAAUUUUUGUAGAGUGUGGAUAUUCAAGUGAUUGUCACAGAACAUGUGACAAGUUAGAUAAUUCGAUGUGUAUCAAUGACAUGGCAUGUCAUCGUGGCUGUGUAUGCCUAGAAGGAUAUGUAAGGGACCUUGAGUACAAUAUAUGUAUUUUACCUCAUCAAUGCCCAAGAUAUGGUUUCAAUCCUUUUUUGGACUACAAUAAAUAAAUAAAUUCAAUUUCAAUUUCUUGCAAUACUAAAAUAAAAAUACAUUGUAUUUUACCUCAGCAAUGCUUAAGAAGAAGAUAUCCAAUAUAUUAUGCUGAAAUAAUCGCAGUUAAAAAAAUUAUGUAGGAAAUAGUAAAGAAGGUAGUAAGUAGUAGUAAGUAGUUUUAAUAAUAAAAUUUUUAACAAAAUGCAUAGAAUGUUUAAUUUUUAACUCGCCACCUCACCCCACCAAUACACAUUUCAAAAAAACGUAAAUAUGUUCAUGAAAACUUAAUAAAUUGCUAAAAUCAAAUGAUAUUCGUUUUUAGCAAUGAAUUCCACGUCAGAUUAUACUCACAAUAAAGUAUUUUCAAAAAAAAAAAUUUCGAAGAAAUUAUAAUUGAAAUAAUGAUAAAUUUCCCUAUUUGAUAGAUAAGUUUAAAAAUAAAUUUUCACCUAAUGUUUUUGAUCUUUUUACACAAUAAUCAAUUAAUAUAAACAAUAAAUAAAUAAAUAAAUAAGUGAGGCAAAAUUUCUGAAGUGAUCAAUAAUAAAUUUUUUUUUAUAUAAAUAAAUAAAGAUAUAUAAAUAAAAAACACAUUUAAAUAUCUACUUUGUAUAAAUUUUAUUUUUGAUACCUUCACUCAAUGUGUUAAGGGGGGGAGGGCAGGGCCAUUUUUUGCAAUUUUUUCGAAAAAAACCGAUUUCUUUCCUUUCUAGCUCGUAGCCAUCAAAUCCAAUCUGUCUCGCUAUAUUUUUCCUGUAAUCUACACGUGAAAAUACGUAUGUGUACUAAAUUGCAGUUUGCAGUCUAUUUCAAUGUAUUUCUUCCCGCUGAAUUCGAAUCCGAAUCCGAAAUCAGAAUUGUCAAAUUAGUUUUUAUUUUUGAAAUAAACUCAAAAAACUGAUCAGGAAGAAAAAUAAAAUCAAAAAAGUUGAAUUUGAAUGUCACUGCGAUAGUGUAAUUUCAUGUAUUUUUUGCCGCUGAAUCCGAAUCAAAAGUCAGAAUUUGUUAGAUUCGCUCAAAUUUUUGAGAUAAUUGCAAAAAAAACUCAAAAUCAGUUUUUUGGAAUUAUCUUCAAAAAUUGAGCCAAUUUGAUAAUUCUGAUUUCGAAUUAGGAUUCAGCGUGAAAAAAUACAUGAAAAUGCAGUAUCGUUGUGUUUCGGGAAAAAAAAAUUUCUUUGAGCUAAUCGACAAAAACUGAUAAAAAUCCUGAAUUAAGGGCACAGAUAAUUUUUUUUGCCGAAACACUACGUCAGUUUAUUUCUUUGUAUUUUUUCCUGCUGAAUCCGAAUACGAAGUCAGAAUUGUCAGAUUGGCUCAAAUUCCAAAAAACUGAUUUAAAAUUUUUUGAGUUUUUUGCAAUUAUCUCAAAACUUUGAGCGAAUCUAACAAUUCUGACUUUGGAUUCGGAUUCAGUGGUAAAAAAUACAUUGAAUUACACUAUCGCAGUGACAUUCAAAAUUUUUUUAACUUUUUGAUUUUAUUUUUCUUUCUGAGCAGUUUUUUGAGUUUAUCUCAAAAAUAAAAAUCAAUCUGGCAAUUCUCACUUCGGAUUUGGAUUCAGCGGAAAAAAAUACAUGGAAAUAGACUAGUGAAGUGUCUCGGCCAAACCACUUUUUACUUUUUGUGUGCCUGUGUUAUUAUUAAUUUUUAUCAAAAACUGUAGAAGGGGGGGAGGAUUAAAAUUUUAGUGAAAUAUGAACAGUGGAUUUUUUAAAAAAUCAUAACUAUUGUAUAACAGAGUGAAAAAAAAUUUGAUCGUUUUUUAAUUAAUUUAUUUACAUUAAUUAAUAUUUCGAAAACAAAAAAAAAUUUAUUUAAUUUGUUUAUUAAAAGCAUAUAUUUAAAGCUUCAUAUUAAGGGGUAAAAAAAAGAAAUAAAAAUUGUCCUUUAUUAAAAAACAGUGAAAAAUAUUUUUGAUUUUCAAAAAAAGGGGUAAAUUUUGAAUAUUUAAAAAAAAAUUUUGCACCAUUCGAAAGAGUAGGAAAAAAUCUUUCGAAAUCAUAUAGGUCAACAUUUUUUUCAUCCCUUUUAUACAAUAGUUAUGAUUUUUCAAAAAAUGCAAUGCUCACAUUUUGGCAAUUGGAUCACUUCAGGAAUUUCGCCCCAAAUGUAAAAUGGACUGAGAAAAAUGAAUAGACUCCUGGUGAGAUAUUGUUCUAUAUUUCUGUAUUUUUUUCAUCCUCGCUCCAAUCAGAGAUCAUGGACCGCAGCAAACGCAUUAUCGAUGAGUGAUACAUAAUAAAAUGCACGUUUUACUGUAAUUAAUUAAUUAAUUGAAACGAAUUUUAUAAUUUCACUUUUUUUUUUUUUUUUUUUUUUGUUUU